AUGGAGUGCCCACCUGUGCAUCAAUAUCCGGAUCGGGUGCGAAUUGAUACCUUAAAGCACGCCCAUCAGACAAGAUAUGGGAGUGAGCCGGAAAUUGUGGUCCGUGUACCAGGUCGCGUCAAUUUAAUUGGCGAGCAUAUUGAUUAUUGCGGGUAUGGCGUACAUCCUAUGGCCAUUGAUCAGGAUAUCUUGGUGGCUGUGGCAAAGGUUCCGACCAGAGGCACGCUUCAACUGACUAAUUUGGAGUCCAAAUUUGCCGAUUUUGAAACGAAUCUGACCAAUUUGAAAGUCCAAGCUCAGGCGUCUUGGUGGAAUUACUUCCUUUGUGGCGUCAAGGGGGUCCUGGUCGAACUCGAGACGCCAGAUUCUGUCCUUCAAUUCGGAUUGAACUGUACGGUUCAUGGCCGGAUCCCUCAUUCGGCUGGUCUCUCUAGCUCGAGUGCCUUGGUAGUGGCAGCGGCUCUAUCGACAUUGUGGGCUUUGGAUCAUCAGAUGGCGAAGAAGGACUUGGCGGAUUUAUGUGCACGUUCAGAGCGAUUCAUUGGAACCCAAGGUGGAGGCAUGGAUCAAGCCACAGAGAUCCUGGCCAAACCUGGCACGGCUUUGCUCAUUGAGUUCAACCCGCUCAGGACGCAGGAUGUGACGCUACCCCAAGAGGCCAAUUUCGUGAUCGUCAAUAGUCUGGCCGACGUGAACAAGGCCGCAGGAUCUGACUUUAAUACUAGGGUCGUGGAAUGCCGAUUGGCCACCAAGGUUCUGGCCAAACUGAACAACUUAUCCGGUUGGCGCGAAAAGACGAAGUUGAUCGAGUUUCAGGAGGCGCUCAAUUUGAAUCUGGAGGAAGCCCUGGCCAAGUGUACGAGUCAGCUUCACCCUGAGCCUUAUUCCAAAGGUGAGCUGUGCCAGCUAUUGGAAAUGACCACGCCAGAGUUGGAAAGCCAAUGCUUGUCACCCAACACCUUGGACGUGGCCAACUUUGACCUUUUUCAUCGGUCCAAGCACGUUUUUUCGGAGGCCAAAAGAGUCUUUGAUUUCAAGUCGGCCUGUGAUAAUAGUCAGGACGACAAAGCAUUGACUGAAUUGGGGCGUCUUAUGGCCGAGAGUCAUCAAAGCUGUUCCCAGGAUUACGAGUGCUCUCAUCCAGCUUUGGACCAAUUGGUAUCGCUCUCGAAAACUGCCGGAGCUUUGGGAUCUCGAUUGACCGGAGCAGGGUGGGGCGGGUGUGUUGUGGCGUUGGUGCCCCUGGAAAAAUUGGAUGGCUAUAUGUCUUACAUCAAAGAGAAAUACUUUGCAAACUUGGCGGCAGCCCAUGGUAGAGACUUGAACGAGCUCAUUUUCACCACACAGCCCGGCGGAGGAGCUCUUACUUAUACCUGCUAAGUCUUCAUGAUAGUUUCAUUGACGGACAACAUUCCAGCCCAUUGGACACUUUCAUAGAAUGUAUUUGAAGCCGAACAUAAUAUUAAUAAUAACGCUUUCUUCAAGGCCACGGCUUAUUGACUCUUUUCCGCUUUCUUCUUCUUACUCUUCUUCUCAUCUUCCUCCUUCUCUUUUGCUUCGGCAUCCCGGGCUUUCUUGUCCACAUUCCAGUCUUUGAGACCUUCGGGCAAGGCUGUGUCUUCUUCAAAACUACCCGUGCCUUUCACAAAAUCUUCGUAAGUGUGUUUUUCGGCAAAGGGACGU